AUGAAUGUGCAGCCAGACAUGAACCAGCCGCGAACGUCGGCAAGCGACAGUCGCGCUUUGCAGAAUUUGGUCAAGGCGGAAAAGGCGUACGUGGACCAGCUCUUCACCGCGACGUCCUCGGCAGUGUCGGCGAAUUCGUCGCUCCAAGCAUGGGGCAUGUCCGAGACGCCCGAUUUGGAGUCGGCGGCGUUGACUGUCUCCAAGCACCUCGAUGAAGUGCUUGAUGCACAAAAGACGUAUGCUCAUGCGAUCGACCAUUACCGCUCCGCGCUGAAGGACGUACUCGAUCGUGAGCAGACCGUACGCACGAUCCUGCGCGAUCGCGAGAUUCUGAUUAGCCGUGUCAUCAAGCUCAGCAAGAAGAAACCUUCGCGCUGGGAGGUGGCUAAUUACGACGAUGAUCACAAUCGUGCCGUGGAAGCUGCACUCGCUGAGCUGCAUGCGUGUGAGCAGGCGCUCUCGAGCGAAACGGCGUUCCUCAUUGGAGUCAAGCGCCGCACCUUCAAAGAGGCCAUGACCAUGCGUGUAAAAACCCUUGGCGAUACAGGCGCGGCAAUGAUGGAUAGUGCACGCUCGAUCAUCAUGUUCUUGGAUGAUUUUGACGCGAAUCUGCCCGUCGCGCCUCCAGCGCCACUCCCGCUCCCCGAGCAAGUUUCCAUGGUCGCACACAGGCAGCAGCGUCAACAGCAAGAGUUCGAGCCACCGUUUCAGAUGGAAAAUGCGCCGCAAGGAGCGUACCAGGACUACCAUGAUGCGAACGAGCAGUGGCAGCAGCAUCCGUACGCGGAACAGUGGCAGCAGCCAUAUGAACAACAGGUAUACGAGCCGCUGCCGUACGAACAAGGACUGCCAUACGAGCAGCCCCAAGCGUACGAGCAGGCGUACGAGCAGCAGCCCCAGGCGUACCCGGAGUCCGCCGCGGACCUUGUCCCGAGCUAUCCGCCUGGGGCUGUCCCGGCGUUUGUGCCCAGCCGCGGCGUGGUUUCGCCUGUUCCUUUGGCUUCUCCUGCCAUGUCUUCGCCUGCGCCGCAGCCAAUGCCCGCACCCAAAUCCAAAUCCCGCCGCACACAAAAACCACAUCGUCGCAUGAGCGAUGCGUCGCGCAACAGCUCGCUCCAAGCCAUUCCCCAAGUCCCUGGCGGCAUUCCCAGCGCGCCCAAGAUGAAUUUGGAGCAUGCGCGCGACGGAUUUGUCGCUCCGACUGUGCCUGGCGGUGUGCCGAGCGCGCCGCGCAUUCAAUUCGGACGCGACGACGAGGACGACGAGGACCGGUACCGUCGCCACGAAACGUACAGCAACACGACCACCACCGAUGUGCCCCGCGAGCGCCACUCGAGGUAUACGCACGAUGACGACGAGUCCGGCACUCGCUCGCAGAAGCAGGGCGGCUUCUUUAGCCGUAUGUCGAACCUGUUCCGCUCCGAGCUCAAGGCGCAGCCAUCCAGCAAACGCCACGAGGAGCGAGGCGGGCGCAGAGUACACUCCGAAUCGUUCUUCUCGCCCAUCUCCGACUCCCGCUCGCGUGCGCUCCGCGACGAUAGCAGCGACGAAGAGCCGUCGAAUGUGGUGCGCCACUACAACGAGCGUCCGCUCAGCAGCAUGAACUUACACAUGAGCUCCUCCAAGAGCCGCAACCAACAGGCUUCGCGCGCAAGCGCCGCAGCUGCAGAGGAAGAUGCGCUCACUGCUGCUGUGCGGCGCAGCGUCAUUGGUGCAGGUAUCACUGGUAAUGUGCCUGGCAAAGGCAGCAAGCCCUCUUCGCGCUCUUCCUCUGCUUUAGGCCAUGGCACACGCGUGAAUCGCCGCUCGGUUGACAGCGACGUACGUCCCGGCUCUGCCGCUUCCGUCAGCCGCCCCAAAUCGCGCAACAGUGUGGACCAGGCAGAGAAGCCCGUGCGCCGCAAGCGCCGGGAGAGUGCGACACCAGCUAUUUCGCAUCCACCCCCGGCUCCGUCCUCUUUCUAUGGUGGCCUCGCGAGUAACCCAGCCAAGUUCACGACGGACUCUUGGGUCACCAAGGCCGAGGAUCUUGGACGCCCCAGCUCUGCACAGAGCGCCAAGCCGCUCAAGUCUGCCAUGAAGAGCUCCAAGUCGCACCGCGUAUCGAGCUCUGGCUCCGACCUGCAAAGUCUCAGCAUUAAUCUCGACGGCCAGUUUGACGGCACGGGUCACUUGGAUCUCGAGCUCGCCGAGAUGGUCACAAGCGGCCGAGACGGCUCUCCUGUGAAGCCUGCAGCGACGCAGCCAUCCGCUGCUGCGCCGCCCAUCACACGGACGCUGUUUAGCAAUAUGGGUGCAAAGCCUGUGUCGCAGGAGGAUGGCGCGACGCUGGGUGCUGCUGAGGAGGCGACCUAUCGCGCCUUUUUGCAAGAACCCGCCUCGGUGCACGAGGGAAAUGACGAGAGCGUUUCGCGCUCUGCGCAACUUGCCGCGCCGUUCUAUGCUACUACGCACUUGGCGCCGCAAGCACAAGAAGCGCCCGUCCCUGCACAUCCCAUGGCGUCGCACACGUCAAAGAAGAGUGUGCGUAUUGAAAGCGAGCCUGCCCUUUGCCAGCCAGUGUCGCCCCAUGACGACCGUCACAGCUCGUGGAAUACGCGAAUUGGUGCGCACGAUGAUUCCAGCGACGAAGAAUCGACGAACGCUGAUCCCGAUACGUACACAAGCGCCCGCCAAGCGUUUGGCAGCGCCACUCGCCAGCUGGGUCUUGCCACGGGCACGCUCCACACCAAGCCAAAAGGCGAGAGUACGAAGCGCAAGAGCCGCCCGUACAACCCCUCGAUUCAGCUUCCUAAAGGUAUGGAGACAGUUGCACGCAGCCGCCCGUAG